AUGGCGGCGCCGGCAGCAGACGAGGCCCCGGCGGCCUCCCCGGGGUACGCGCUGCGCGCGACGCUCACGGGCCACCGCCGCGCCGUCUCCGCCGUCAAGUUCUCCCCGGACGGCCGCCUCCUGGCCUCCGCGUCCGCCGACAAGCUGCUCCGCGUCUGGUCCGCCGCCGACCUCUCCCUCUCCGCGGAGCUGGCCGGGCACGACGAGGGCGUCUCCGACCUCUCCUUCUCCCCCGACGGCCGCCUGCUCGCCUCCGCCUCCGACGACCGCACCGUGCGCAUCUGGGACCUGGGCGCCGGCGGCGGCGCGCGCCUCGUCAAGACGCUGCACGGCCACACCAACUACGCCUUCUGCGUCGCCUUCAGCCCGCACGGCAACGUGCUCGCCUCGGGCUCCUUCGACGAGACCGUCCGCGUCUGGGAGGUCCGCUCCGGCCGCAGCCUCCGCGUGCUCCCCGCGCACUCGGAGCCCGUCACCGCCGUCGAUUUCGACCGGGACGGGACCAUGAUCGUGUCCGGGAGCUACGACGGGCUAUGCCGCAUCUGGGACGCCGCCACGGGACACUGCGUCAAGACCCUCAUUGAUGACGAGAGCCCGCCCGUGUCCUUCUCCAAGUUCUCCCCCAACGGCAAGUUCGUGCUUGCCUCCACCCUUGAUAGCACCCUGAGGCUUUGGAAUUUCAAUGCUGGAAAGUUUUUGAAGACGUAUACUGGCCAUGUGAACACAAAAUACUGCAUUCCGGCAGCAUUUUCUGUCACCAAUGGCAAGUACAUUGUCAGUGGCUCGGAAGACAAGUGUGUCUACAUGUGGGAUCUUCAAUCAAGAAAGAUUGUGCAGAAGCUGGAAGGACAUACUGACACGGUCAUUGCUGUGUCAUGCCACCCUAAGGAGAACAUGAUCGCAUCGGGAGCGCUUGACAGCGACAAGACGGUGAAAGUCUGGGUUCAAAAGGAUGACAGCCAACAAGAUGCCUAAGCAAACCUCAUUUUCUUAGUUGUCAUGUAACCCGAGUGAUGAUGGUAGCCAUGUAAGCUCCUUAGCUUCCCGAGUAAGUAAGAUUGCUGCAGUGGAGAAUGCAAUGCUAUGUGCUGUGUAUUUUUGUGCUGUGUUGCCUGCUUCACUGCUGGGCUAUUGGUAGUAGACUUAACCGAUCCGAAGAUGUUCUCGGAAUGGUUGAAGGCUGGACAGAAACAUUGCUUGAACUUUUUUUAACUGAAGAAAAUUAAUGCUUCAA